GCAAGACAGCAAGCGACAGACUUAAGCGGGAAGGGAUACUUUUAUUUCAGUUUACGAGAGAUUAUCGGCAGCGACAGGUCCUUGAAGGCAUUUCUACAUCUUGCAGCGAAAGAGGCAUUUUUGAAAGGACACUUGUACUUCAGAGAUAUGUUUUAAAUCUGAGCGGCUCCUUCGACGAAACCUAAGAUCUAUCAUCAAUGGUUCCAUGUUUUUGGAAGGAAGAGGGGGGAUACAAAGAAUAACGACGUCGACCAAAGAGGUAAGUGAAUCGUCGAUCCCAACCGAGGUGGGCUCUCAAAGAGGGGGGAACGCCACGAGACAGUAACAACAUUCCUUAGUCAAUGAACUAGUAGUAGACGUGGUAUGCGUAGUGAAAGAAGUUCGCGUAUUGGGCGCCGAGCUUAGUAUAAAAGCAAUCCGAAAACCGUACUCCCGCUAGAACAGUUUAAGAACACCUUACAAGAGCAUCCGAAAACGCUCGAAGACAAAAGCGGCCUAAUAAGUCCGACUGUAUUUGAGACUUUUAUUUGAGACACGAAGAACAUAGCAAAUAGACGUGAGCUCACUGGAAGCGACUUCUUGCAAAGUAACGGAUACACAGCUUUUUUCACAUCCAGAGUUUUACUGUACGAAAUAACAAGUGUAUCAUCGGUGGAUGAAUCCAUUGCAAGUCAGUGCAAAUAUACAUAGUGACGAAAAACAGGAUAUUUCACUUUCUUCUUAGGAGAGUCCGCAUCAUUUUCCUACCAAGAACAAGGCUAUUCUUGGGUGAGGGAUACUGAGAAAACUGCCCCACCCCCAUCCACGUUCUCAGCGACUAAAAGACAGGGGGGAUUUCCUUGUGUUUCCCUGGCACCUCCUACGCGGCGGAUCACGUCUCUAUUCCCAACAUCCCCGGGGCACAGACACGACUACAAACAUUUACAAACCAAGAACGGAUAUUUAUACUCCUCCAAGGCAGAGACAGCACCGAAUACCUACCUAGCGUGACAGCGUCCCCCACACACUUGGCGACACUUGACAGUUUCGCAGAAAGACUUCUCUUACCGCGUGUACUACGUUCAAAUUUCAGCUACUCGACCACCGGGGACCGCUAGGAACGCGCACUCCCGUUUUAGUAGUGUGACCAAGACACAUCGCUGACAAAAAAAGUGACACUUCACCGGUGACAGCCUUAACUUUGUUUUCUAUUCCCGGCCGGCUACCAGCUGUUGGGAACACAAGUGUAUCAUUGUGUUGAUUCUUACGGCACAAGAGCAGUAAUAACUGUGACCUCGAAAUGUCUCAGAAACAAUACUUUGUACGCGCGGUGUUGAUAUUGGUUGUGACUGUAAUUGUUGUUAACGGCAAGAAUGUGAACACGUAUUUCAAGGGGCUGUCGGCGCUGUAUCAGGACCCGAAGCGAAAUGUUCUGAUCGUGAAACCGUGGACGCAGGCAGACCUUCUCAAAGAGAUGCAGCCCUGGGAUUCUGAAUUUGGAGUUGAUUUCGUGUCGCAGACGGAGACCGUAGCCCUUGGAGAUACCGCUGUCCUCCACUGUAGCUUUCCAGGCGUCCACAGAAUGUACAAAAACGGGCAGGUGGACUGGGUACGAGAGCCACGAAGUGCUGGGGAUCCCGCCAGUCUUAUCGCGCGAGGCAGCAGCGUCUUGGCUUUCGACAAACGCUACAAGGUCUUAACCCUGCCACACUCGGCGUUUUCCAUCUUGAUCAUCAAGAAGGUUAACCAAAAGGACGUCGCCAAGUAUCGCUGUAGCCUAAGCCAGAGAAGACUGAAGCAUCGGUACAUCUUUCUUAACGUCACAGCAACACAGAUCCAGGUCGAUCGCAGUCCCGCAGAAAACAAGGUCAACGCGGGGUCAAACCUGACGAUGUACUGUCGUGCCACCGGGUACCCGCGCCCCCUGGUGUACUGGACUGGUAGACUGAAGGACGGCACGCCUUACAAGUUCUCUGAUGGGAGACAGGAGAAGUUUGGAGAUACACUCACGCUGGAAAACCUCAACCCGCGAGAUACGGGCACUUUCACGUGUCACGUGGAAAACUUUGUGGAACCAAUCGAACGCAAGCAUUUUACAGUCACGGUCAGAGAUCUCCCCUGGUAUUUGCACAGUUACCUCCAGGGUUUUAACAUCCGGCAUUUCCUCAGCUCCUGGACGCCCAAGCCCGGGUUCGGAGAGGCGGUCAUGUUACGCUGUGAGACGGCGGGUAUCCCCAAGCCAAAGCUUACCUGGUAUAAGGACGGGAAACCCGUCAGGGAGACAUAUGAACUUUCCAUAUUU